CAAGAAUAUUGUAAUUGACCAGUCCUACUCCAACGUUUAAGAUGAAAUCAUCUCAGUGUUUAGCUGUGUUCUUAGUAUUCUGCUAUUUGCAGUCUUCAGAAGCAACUGUAGUCAGCGAUGUUAAAGCUAAAUUAGCCGUAGAAAGAAAAACCGUCGACGAGAACAUCCAAAAAUUCCAAAAUGCGAUCGAACAGAAAGUCUCCGUAAAUAGGCAAAAACAGUUGGCGACAAUCGACCAGAUGGAGAAGGCUAUGAAAGAAGGACCAACAAAGUGCCAGCAUUACCUUCCGGUGUUCAUCAAUCAAAGGGGUUUCAUAAGUGGACCGACGUUCCUGAAAGGAUGCGGUUUCGUACCGAGCAUGCAGAAGCUGCUGAAAGCGCAAAAGUCCGUGAAAUUCAUGGCAAGCGAAGAGCCCAAACUGGACACCGUCUGCACGACACCGACCUCUGAGCCCUGCCAGACGCUCAUCGGCCAAUUCAAUACGGGAUUGUCUCUGGUCCGUGCGAACUCUCUAAUUCAGAUCGCUAACGUUAAUGCGGAUAUGGAUAAAUGCGUUGCAGAAGAACUGAAGAACAUGAACGAGUUUCUUAAUGAUAUUAAAGAGACAUGGCUCGAAUGCAAGAGGAAGUAAAAACGUAUUAGUUUAUGUACAAAAAUUAACUA